AUGUCUUCCGAUCAAGUCAUCUCCCCCAGUCAUGCCGAAGGUGAUGCUUUGGCCGACCAGUUGAACCGAGCCGACCUGAAUGAUAGGGAGGAUGCACCGCCCAAGACCGAGGAGGAGUACGCCCAGUCGACCCUCACCCUUCGCGCGAUCGUCUCGUCCAAGGAAGCCGGCGUCAUCAUAGGCAAGCAAGGAAAGAAUGUUGCAGAUCUACGCGACGAGACUGGAGUCAAAGCUGGUGUCAGCAAGGUAGUUCAAGGCGUCCAUGAUCGCGUCUUGACGGUGACUGGGCCCCUUGCCGGCAUCUCCAAGGCAUAUAACCUUGUUGCCAAAUCUCUGCUUGAAGGCGCCCCCCAAAUGGGCAUGGGUGGUGUUGUUCAGAACGCGGGCACUCACCCCAUCCGUCUGCUCAUAUCGCACAACCAGAUGGGCACCAUCAUUGGUCGCCAGGGCCUCAAGAUCAAGCAUAUCCAGGACGUGUCAGGCGUUCGUAUGGUGGCACAGAAGGAGAUGCUUCCCCAGUCAACCGAGCGCAUUGUCGAGGUUCAGGGCACUCCCGAGGGUAUCGAGAAGGCUGUGUGGGAGAUUGGUCAGUGCUUGGUUGAUGACUGGCAGCGUGGCACCGGGACUGUGCUGUAUAACCCCGCGGUUCGUGUUCAGGUUGGGUCUGGUCCACUACCUCCCGCUGUGGGCGCACCAGCCGCGAGCGCUUUCAACGGGCGGCCGUUCAACCGCACUGGCAGCGGAGCCGACUUCACCGACAACCGUGGCUAUGCGCGCACCCAGGAAGGUGCGGCUCGUGGCGGCGGAAUCCCUAUGGUCACCGAGGAUGGUGAAGAAGUCCAGACGCAGAAUAUCAGCAUCCCCGCUGAUAUGGUCGGCUGUAUCAUUGGCCGUGGCGGCUCUAAGAUUAGUGAGAUUCGAAAGACAAGCGGGGCUAGGAUCAGUAUUGCCAAAGCGCCCCACGACGAGACGGGCGAGCGCAUGUUCACCAUCAUGGGAAGCGCCGCCGCCAACGAGAAGGCGCUAUACCUCCUCUACGAGAAUCUCGAAGCUGAGAAAGGCCGCCGUCAGCAAAUCUCAUCCGAGUAA